AUGCCAGGAUCGCCCAUGAAUGAGGACGACACUUCCUAUCACAGUGCCGGUCUGGACACAGACGAAGAUAUGCGAAGCCAUUCUACUGGCAGCGCCUCCGCUGAUAUGGGUGAUGAUGAAGAGGCCGCUGGCCAAGGUGAUGCCGAUGAAGGUGAGGAGGAUGGGCCUGAAUAUGUGGAAGAGUUGGAGGAUCGUCGGUCACUGGAGCCUGUGGAUCAGCUCGAUGGAGGAGAAGAUUCAGACGACGAAGCUGAUGAAGAUGCAGGCUCGGAAUUAGAGGACGAGUGUAGCGAGUUCGGUUAUGGAGAUCUGGAGGAGCGCAUAAUAGAGGAUGAUGGGGAGGACAGCAAUGAAGAUGACGGUGACAAUGAUAGCGAGAUUGAUCUUGGUGCCGAGGAUGGGGAGGGCGCUGCAGAAAACGAGGAAGACUAUGAUGACUAUGGAGAGUAUUAA